GGUCUUUCGUGCCUGGAGCGCUCAGUGGUGGUCGCCAUGGUUCCGCGCGUGCAGCUCGCCCCCGAGAUCCAGCUGGCGCAGCGCCUGGCAGGGAACGAGCAGGUGACCCGGGAUCGGGCGGUGAGAAAGCUCCGGAAAUACAUCGUCGCCAGGAGUCAGCGGGAGGCAGGUGGUUUCACUCAUGAGGAGCUGCUGAAGGUAUGGAAAGGACUGUUUUAUUGCAUGUGGAUGCAGGACAAGCUGCUCCUCCAGGAGGAACUAGGAAGGACCAUUUCCCAACUCAUCCAUGCUUUUCAAACCACAGAGGCACAGCACCUGUUCCUUCAAACCUUCUGGCAGACCAUGAACCGCGAGUGGACGGGCAUAGACAGACUGCGCCUGGAUAAGUUCUACCUGCUCAUGCGGAUGGUCCUGAAUGAGUCCUUGGUGGCCCUGAAAAUGCAGGGAUGGGAAGAAAGACAGAUCGAGCAGCUAUUGGAGCUGCUGACGACUGAGAUUCUGCACCCCGACAGCCAGGCCCCCAAUGGGGUGAAGAGCCACUUCAUUGAGAUCUUCCUGGAGGAGCUGGCCAGAGUGGGUGCCGCCGAGCUGACGGCAGAGCAGAACCUCAAGUUCAUCGAUCCCUUCUGCAGAAUCGCUGCACAGACCAAGGACUCCCUGGUUUUACACAACAUCACUCAAGGCAUCUUUGAGACGAUCGUAGAACAGGCCCCAUUUGCCAUCGAAGACCUAAUGAAUGAACUGGAGGAGGAGGAGGAGGAGGAGGAGGAGGAGAUGUCAGAGGAGGAUGAGCAGGAACAGGACGUGCCAUCAAAGAAACUGUUUGAGAAGCUACCUGAAGGCUCCGGCGGGGCUGGACCAGACGGGGGUGAGGAGCAGGCCGGGGACGAUGAGGACAGCGUCGGCGCCGUCCUUCAGUUUGACUAUGAGGCUGUCGCUAACAGACUGUUUGAAAUGGCCAGUCAGCAGAACACCCCUUCUCAGAACAGGAAACGUCUCUACAAAGUGAUCCGAAAGUUGCAAGGCCUCGCUGAAGGCCUCUUCCCUGAGGAAGACGUCCCAGAAAAAGCCUACAGGAAACUGCAAGAAGGGAGGCAGGAGAGGAAGGCAAGGAAGUGUUUGCCCAAAUCCCAGCUGCAGGACAAGACAGGGAGAGCUGAGCAGGAGGACCCACGUGCAGACCCGAGUUCCCGAUCAGAGAGAAAGAGGCGGCGACGGGGCCCGGGUGCUGACCCGGCUGCACCCCAGGAACAGCCCGGGGGCCGUGGCAGGAGAGGGGUACGCAAGAGGCGGCGGCGGCCUCGGGCAGGGGCCAGAGGGAAGGUGCCUGGCUGCCAGGAGCCAGACGUGAAAAAGAAGUGGACACAGGAGCGGAAGAAAUGACGUUGCUGGCCCCCCUGGGCAGGACAGUGCUGUCUCCGCCCCUCUUCCCGGUGUGCGCUGUGGGGCCGGAGCGAGCCGGACAGGUGGGCCGUGCCCCAGACUCUGGACACGGGCAGAGGUCAGCUCAAUGACGUUGGCUCCCACUCAGUGCCGUGCCCCAGAGCGCUGCCACUGUGCUGGCCUUGGUCAGGCAGGACCCUGAGACUUGGAGCUCCCUGCAGGCAACCCUCCUGGCAAGCGGGGCCAAGCCAAGCAUAGGGGUGCCACAAAUAAAAUGCCACGCAGU